AUGACCAUCCGGAAUCAGGUCGGCCAUUUGUCCCGAGCUGACAUUCAGCAUCUCCAGCCCGAGGAACAGCUCAAGAAGUGGCACGAAAUGCUCUUGCCGAAAGAGGUCGACCUCAUUUCCGAGCUGGACGCCACGAACAUUUUCUUCAUCAACGCCGAGUCGGUGAUCUGUGAUCUGCUGAUCUCUUCGGGCGAAGGCAGCUUUGAUGAGGACAUCUUGGGUGUCGGGAUGGCUGAACCCGAGCCCUGGCGGAAGACAGGACGAAAAGCUGGUGAGGAACACUGGCUUGGGUUGACACCCAGCGCUGUUGUAGAGGUGAGCCUCUAUGACGAUGCGGGGCGACAGCAGGGCCGAGGUGUUGUGAAAUUGCAGCACCGCGCCAUAGAGGAUGAGGCUGGCAAAGGUCAAACCUGGCGAGGAUUCUUUCUGGCCAUUGAAGACGGAUAUUACGAGUGGUGGGUACAAAAUCAUUACCCCACGAAGGUGCUGCCAUUCCACUUCUGUCAGGUGGCGGCCCAUCGGUGUGGGGAGCAAACGCUGUACCGGGACCCCAUCCACGUUGACGUCUUCAGAGUCUUGCCGGAUGAUACAUACGUGAGGCUGCCGUGGAUGACCGAUGAAAAGAAUGAGAAGGCCAAAAGCUUGUUGGCACUCCACGCCACGCAGGCGCCUGCGGUCCCAGCCCUCGCCUCUCCAGCUGUGGGGGGUGGGGAUGGUGGCCGUGGGAGCCGAGCUGAUGGUGAAGUGGAGGUGGGUGAAGCUGGCAUUGCAGGGCUGGCUCGAGCACUUGGAACUGCAGGAGAUCGUGGCGACAAGAGAGAGAGGCAGAUCGACGAUGAUAAGGAGGAAAAGAAGAAAAGGAAGGAGAAGAAGGCACCAGUGGAUGCCCGAGAGGAAGGCCUUCGAGCCGUUCUGAAUAAGCGGAAGGCACCGCUACCUACCGGGGGUGCGGUCAAGCUGAAAGGAGACGACCUGAAGAAGAAGAAGAAAAAGAAGCGGAAAAGAGAUUCAGAGAAAAAGCGGAAGUCCAAAAAGGAGGAAGCUAGCAAGGGGUCCUCCGAGGAAAGUGACUCAGGGGACGACGAGACCUCCUCAUCGAGUUCAGGGUCGCUUUUUCAGUUGGCCGCGCUGCCACAGGGAGUAGACCGAUUGCACCGGUUGCAUCAGGAGAAGCCAGGGGCUCUGGCGGACCUAACGCUCCGGCGCUUUCAGGAGCUCCUGAACCGCUCAAUAGGCGGGGGAACGGCCGAGACAGAGCAGGAGAUGCCGCCGGUAGCGCGCGCAUACCUCAGCCAGAUCUACAUGGUGCGCCAUCCAGAAGCAGCGAUUGGCCUGCGGAAUCUGAGAGAGCUGCGUACGUUGGCGACGCUGGUGGAUCUCAUGGCCAUGAACGACUCUCUCCGUGCACUCGACGUGGCCGUACAGAGAAUGAAGAGCAUCGAGCUGUUCAUAGCUCAGGGCCAAUGGAGUCAAGCAAACUUGCUGGAGCUCAUUGUGCCGGAGGAGGAGCAACGAGCCUGGUUCCGACAGGAGUUGAAGGCAGCCCAGCAAGAGCACAAGAGCGACCUGAGGCUGCAGAGGGACCAAUGGCCGAAAAGGAGGGCCGCCUGGUAUCCCUCCCCCGGAGGGGGGGGGAACAUGGACAAGAAGGAAGCGGAAGGAAAAGACGGAGAAUACCCAGCGAUGGAAAGGGCCCUAAAUGAAUGUGAAGUGUCUGAAGAAACACGAGAGAAGGUCAGAAGCCUCAUGCAGGAUCCGGAGGUGGUGGCGCUCUAUCGACUCAGGAGGUUUGCGUUGGGCAAGAGCCCAAACUGGAAGAUGAUAGAGCAGGAUUUCUUUGAGAUGAUUGCCAAUGUCGCUGGAGACCCACCUGCACUGGUAAAGAAGCAGUUGCGGCUCAGCUGUCAAUUCCUAGGAGAGGAAUUGAUACCAUCCGCAUCGGAAGUGGCCUGCCGGCUCUUGGGGGUCGACCAAUCUCAGGCCGGGGUUGAUCCUCGGUCUGGGGAAGGUCGGCUCCUAAAGUUGGUGAAUGGCAUUGAAGUGCGAGCUGCUGACAUUGAGUGGAAGAGAGAGGACGGGGUUUAUGUUGGCACCCCUCACAAAGAGUUUGGUGCCUCAAUCUACCACCAGGAGUUUGUCAGUCAGUUGGAUAAGGAAAAAGUGAGGAUAUCUUUGGUGGGUCAACACUUAUAUGUUGGCUCAAAGGACCUGAGAGCUGCCGACUGGUUGAUUCAGGAAUUUGGGCUGAUUCCAAAAGAGCACGUGACGCCGGUCUCAUGGAGGCAGAUGAUGCGGCGAGGGCUGGGGCUCAGCUUGUCGGUGAGUCUUGUGGGGGUGGUCUUAAAAGUCGGCAUUCAAGACCGCCCUGGAGAGUUGGGCAACUUAGCGCGUGCCCUUCCUUGCUGCGCUCUGGAGAACUUUCACCGACUGGCAAAGGAGCUACUCCCAUUGCCAAUGCCCAUCAUGACCGACGAAGAACUGGCUUUUGAGGCAGCGGUGAAGGAGGUCCUCUGUGGCCGCUUGGAUGUGACCAGUGAGAGUUGGAGGAAGCUGAACAGUGAGGCAAAGGAAAUCGGUGUGAAGGCAUGGACCUGGCUGCAGUGCUUCGUGAUCAACCACCUAUACUGCCACGGAGCAGGUGGUCGCAUGCUGUCUGAGUGCAUGCUUCAUGCGAAGGAACCUACUGCGAGCCAGGAAAGAUCCAUCAAGCGACUUGACAGCUUAAGCAAAAAAUGGAUUGAAGAAGAUAAGGAGGAUGCGAUCAGGGCAGACACCUGGGAGAAGUCGUCUGAGACAUUGGGGGACAUGUACACAGGACCCAACGUAGGGAAAUCCUAUCCUCUGACAUUGGAGGCAAUACUCCCCACAACACCAGGUGCGAGUGAAGCGGCGAGGAUCCCAUUGUCAGAAGUGGUGAGCGACUCGGUCAAGGAAUAUGUGGAUGACCCUUCGCUGCUGCGUAUCCCGGACGAGGAGCUCAUUGGGCCACGCACCUCAGCGUUGGUGCAAGUCACCAGCCAGGAGGAGUGGGACAAGAUCGUGAGCCACCUGGUAGAUGCAGGCAUGCUUGAGAGGGAAGUUGAGGCAGAGACCUUCAAGUAUCGAGGGGAGCCAGUUCGUAAUGGGGCGUUUGGCGUCCACAAGAGUUGGGUGCUGAAGGAGGAUGGAGAAUGGCUCCGCACGUUGAGAUUGAUCAUCAACAUGAUCCCCGGCAACUCGUUCCAGAGACGCAUGCCAGUGAGAGCUUCGGAGAAGAUGGGUUAUGCCCCGCUGUGGGGGAACCUCUACUUGCAUGAGGACGAAAUCAUCAUAUGUGCCGCUGAGGACCAGAAACACUGCUUUCAUAUCUACCGGCCAGGAUAUGCAUGGCGAGCCUUCUUCAGUUUGAGUAGGAUGGCUUCAGGACAGGCCUUCAAAGAUGGAAAGGUGGAGAAAGGUUACCCUCGAGUGAAGAGUGCACCCAUGGGGUGGAACAAUGUGGUGGACUUUAUCCAGGACGGCUUUGAGAACAUGGCCAAGAUGGCAGGUUUGGCGCCUAAUCAAGUUAUUCGAAUGGGCGAGCCGAGCCCGUUGGAACCUUUGGCAACUCCCAGAUCAUUCUUUUCGUUCUAUGUGGACAACUUUGACCAGCUGAAGAUCAUCUGGAGGACCGACCGGGGGCUGUACGAAGGCCAGCCGACCGAUGAACAACUCCAAUUGCGAGAGACCAUGGAGGAAUUGACUGUAGGGAGAGACCCCAAGAAAGCAGCUGAGGGAUCAAUCAGCUGGACCAGUUUGGGAGCCGAAGUGGCUGGAGAGGAAGGAUGGAUUGGCAGCUCGCGGAGCUUCCGCCGGGCACUUCUGAGUGCUAACCUUGGGCUGUUGGUGGGGGAUGAGGUCCGUACUGAUUCCCCCAAUCUGCAGUCUGUGGUUUCAAAGAACAUGCACUCGGUGCAAUACAACCGGCAGCUGGCAGUGUUGUUUGACAGGCUGUACGCGGAAAUGAAUGCCAGCAGGCCACGACUCUUGAGUGAGAAAGGUCGCGACGAGCUCUUGCUGCUAUGCUGCUCACUGCCCAUGCACUGGCUUGACGUCAAGAUGAAAGUGUCAGGCCAAGUGUAUGCGACAGACGCGAGUCCAGAAGGCGGAGGAGCCUGCUGCACUACUGGCCUGAGCCCCUGGGGAAGUGCAAGACUUCACAGCCUCAGUCAUGAGCGUGAUGGACUGGAGGGAGCCGCUACUGAGAAUGCCCUAGUGAUCGAAUGCUUUGCGGGCAUGGGAGGCCUGAAGCAAGCACUGGAUUUGAUUGGGUUUGAGCCCGCUGGGGUGGUGGCAAUUGAUACCUCGGCUGAGUGCUGUAAGGUAUACAAGCAGCACUGCCGCCACGUCAUCUGGGUUCAGAAGAUUGAGUCCGUGACGGAGGAGCAGGUCUUGGAAUGGAGAAGGCGAUUUCCGCGCGCCACAAAGGUGGUCAUUGGAGGAGGAUGGCCAUGCAUCAACCACUCGGUGCUGAACCCUAGACGACAGGGAGCAGAAGGAGCUUCGAGCAAGCUGCUGGACGACAUGUUGGCAAUCAGAGGAUGGUUGGGAUCGUGCUCAGAGAAGUUGCACCUUCCCCCAUGGAAAGUAGUGGAGAUUUUCGAAAAUGUGGUCAUGGAUGAUGCAGAUUACGAAGCCCAAAGCAAGAAGAUUGGGUACACGCCCUACUUUGUUGAGGCUGCUGAGAUUGGGCGUUGCCGAAGACCCAGGCUCUACUGGAUUUCAGGGGUGGACCUUGUGGCUGGAGAUGAUCUGUCUGUCGCCGCGCGGCGAACUCUGAGAGGUCACAACUACCAGGUGAAGCAAAUCAAGGUGGACACGGAACGUCCCCCGCUCACAUGGUUCCUGAAUGAAGGGACCACCAAGAUGGCCGAACCUGAAGAGCCGUUUGCAACGUUCACCCGGCCAAUCGCUCGACAGAGCCCUCCAGAAGAUCCUGCCGGGUUUGACCAGGCCACAGAGAAGGCCUUGAAGCGGUGGCGCGGAGACAGUUACAGGCUCCAGCCCUACCAAUAUGAGCCUCGUAACCUGGUAACCGACAAGAAUGGGCCCAGAAGGCCUGCAGUCGAAGAGCAGCUCCGGAUGAUGGGUUUCCAAUCCACACACCUCAAUACCAAAACCAAGCUCAGUGCAGACCUGAGAGGUCAAAUGGUUGGGAAUUCCUUUUCAGCGAUGGUGGUGGCUCGGCUCUUGGUGGGCCUGGUGUUGAAGCCGGAGCAAUGUGUUGGAAAGGAUGUCAGCCUGAUGCUCUGGGAAGUCUGGAAAGCCAAGGAAGACAAAGCUGGUCAAGAAGGAAAACCUUGGAAAGUGAGGUUUGCAAGUGUGGCUGCGGGGGUUCCUGGGGUGGUGAGCCUGCUCGAGCGGGUCUUGCCAUCACCAGUCGCGCCCCUGCGGUCAUUCAUUGACCCUCAACAGUGGCUGACAGACGAAGAGAUGCUGAGCUACUUGUUAGCUCGCAAUGGGACACACCGUGGUGCUGAGAUCCGGAUUGACUUGGGGAUGCCUUACUCCGUUGGUGAACUGUGCCGGCAGAGCAUUGAUCCCAGUCACUGGAUUUGGAAAGUCUUGAUGUCCUACUCAUGGAGAGAGCCAGGACAACACAUCAACAUCUUGGAGUUGGUGGCGGUCCUUGAUCUUCUCCGCCGGCAAGGACGCGAUCCAAAGCAUCAUGACCAACGCUUGAUCACACUUGUGGACAACCAAGUUGCAAUGAGCUGCCUCUCGAAGGGACGCAGCUCCGCUCGAGCCCUCCAAGGUCCCCUACGCCGCAUCAGUGCCGUAUGCCUAGCCGCACACUUUCGACUCUGCCUCGGAUGGAUCAAGAGCAAGUGGAACCCAGCUGAUGGGCCCAGUAGAUGGGCCAAGCGUCGUCGCAAUGCCUAG